AAACUUCUAACCUCAAAAUUAUAAAGAAAAUGUCAUAGGAAAAUGAAUAUCUUUGGAAGAGAAAUCCUCAAAGCAUCAUUUUGGUGUGCUCCCAGGGCCCCAAAGAAGCUUCCAGGAAUCAUAAUUUGUAGAAAUGGGCACUCUUAUGAAGGUGAUGGUAAGACCACGGUGCAAAUCCUCAACAGGGAAGUGGAACAGGGAUUGAUGAUCAACGCUUUUAGUCAGAUUGGCUUCCGGCUAAACAAUCGUAUGAAUAUCAUUGGGCCAAUGGCAAUCUUUCCACGAAUUGCAUUGUCCUGGAAUGUAGGCUCCUACGAGGACAUCAAUGAGAAGAGUCUGAGCCUAUUUACAGUUCUGGAGCCAAAGAUAGAUAUUUUAGUAGUAGGAGUGGGAGAUGAGAAGAUUACUCCACAAUUCUCCCGGAAAAUUAUUGACUUUAUCAGAUCAUCGAGGAUAAAUGUUGAAGUUCUAAAUACCGAACAGGCUUGUUCAACAUUCAAUUUUCUCAAUUCCGAAGGACGUGUCGUGGCUGGUGCCAUGAUUCCUCCGAGAACAAUACGUGUUGGGGAUCAUGAUAGAUUCAUUUCCGGAAAGCCCAUUCUCAACAAAAUAUCCUACCUUGAUGACAAGUGAGCUAUAGGAUUUUAUGUAUAUGUAUGUAAAUUGUAAAUCAAUUUAGGAUUAAUAAAAAUGUAACUUACUUGAUGAUA